UCAGACUGUAAAUAUUUCUUGUUUUGUUUUCGUUUCUUCCCGUUGAGCAGUCAGUGCGAAGAUUCAUAUGAACAUUUGAAUCGCGUAAUUCACCUCCUCUCGUUCAGCUGUUUUCUGUAUUUAGAUAGUGAACUUGACAGUGGCUUGACGUAUACACGCUUUGUGCGUUGUAUUCAAUCUUCUCUGUUGUCACUUUCUGCAAUGGCCAACUAGAUCACGGAGGAAAAGAAGCCAUUAUCGAUAGUGUUCACUGUUCGCUCCUGAAAGUGGGUAAUACGGUGAUUCAGUGUAGAAUAGGGUCACGCCGAAAGAAAGCGACGAAGAAGAUGAGUUUCGCAACGGCGGCAUUCAAUAUCAACGAUCUACCGUUCGAGAUACUGUGCGAUCUCUUUGACUACCUGUCGCUUGAGGAUGUGAAAACCGCUUCGCUCGUGUGUCACCGAUGGCAUCAGAUAAUUUUCUCCGAGUUAUACAUCAAGCGCUUCAAACUGGUUCUCAGUUUGAACGAAAUGUUGCCGCAGCUCAAACAGACGCUUCCGAUUUUGGAGAAAUCCGACCGAGAGUAUUAUAGCAUAAUUUUGAAAGCCAACCUCGGUAGACCGUUGACCGAUGCUCGACUGAAGAUUCUGAAGCUUGCGGUGCGCUCGAUUUCGCAGUAUUCCGAGUCGUUGUACUUUAACAUGGCCGAUCUACGAUUGGAGUCGUGCGUCUCCGAGCGAUUACUUCGCAGCCGGAAGCUUCAAAUGUUCGACACUCGUGCAAAGUACAUACCCCUCGGCAUGGGACUAAAGGAGUCAAUGCUUGCUGCGAUUUGCGAGUACUCUACCGAUCUAGUAGAUCUGGUGAUCGCCGAGAUGAACAUCAACAAUCCAAAAGCCUUGGAGAAGCUAUCUUCUCUGAGUCAACUGAAAUUGCUCCUGAUCAGCGACUACUAUCCGUACAUCAAACCUCCAAUGCCUCCGAUCAAUCUUCCAAAUCUGGAAAAUCUCUCGCUCAUCAAUGUGACAGACGAUGCAAACUUCUAUUUCAAAGCGGAUAACCUUAAGCGAUUCUUCAUCCACACCAACGGAACGGACGCUGCGAAAACCAUGCAAUCGAUUGCGGAGAACAUUCGCAACGUUAACAGACUGUGCGUUCAUUUCACCGCACGGACGAUCCUGGCGGAUCAAAUCUUCGAGCAUUUGGACCGAUUUCCCAAUCUGAUCGCGUUCGAGCUGGGAGGAGUUGCCGUCCCGGCGGAUGCCCUCAAGCAGCUCAAUCCAAGCAACCGGGUGCACAAAUUGAUCUUCGUGGAGUGCCACUUGGAAACGCUCUUCAUGACGGAUCUGAAGGAAAAGCUAGUGUGCUUGAGGCAAAUAGUGCUCGAUUCGUGUUUCCUUUUUCACAAAAGCGAAGGAUUCCAGAGGAUUCAGUACCACGAUUUGGAGCCGCUGAGACGAGCGAUGCCCAGCUGUCAAGUGCUGCUCGAUUAUGAUUAGGAUGUGAUAGCAGUGCUCUUCAGUGAUAAUCACGAUUGAAGCGAGCUUUUUAGCUGUGAACUAAUUUAAUAGGGUUACAAUUGAAUUUGGAUGUUUGUUGGUUGUUAGACAUUGUUUAGAUUGUUAUAGAAAUAAAUGAAGUUUAGAAAUUGUUAUAAAGUUCAACACCAAAACACCAACCAGGGCGAUACACAGGAGCACA